AUGGUGCGUUUACGGCUGCCAUUCUUUGAGCUUUUGCUCCUCGCCGCAUUGACCGUCCUCUGCCAAGCCCAGUUUAGAGGUGGUCAGGAUCGAGGCUACGACCGGACGAGGCAUUAUUGUAGGCUUUGGAGGCAUGCCAGUGUUUUGGCCGGGUCAAAAAUAUACGUCGAUGGAGGGAACGCACUAAUGCCAUCGGACAGAGAAGGAGGGUCUAACGGCUCGACUCCUUCGAGGUGGUAUAGAGGCACAAAUAACAACCUCCUCGUGUUGGACGUCGGCAAGAACUUUUCUGCCGAAGACCCGCACCUGUUCAAGCAGAUCCGCAAGACGGACGCAAACGUCCCGAGGGCACUCAACGAGCACGCUCUAUGGUACUCCAAGACCCUCAACAAGCUCUACCAGCUUGGCGGCUGGGCCUCGUCGAUAGGUGACAGGGGCCGGGAGGCACCAAACCUGGCAGAAGUGCCAUCCCCUGGCAUAUGGGAGUUUGACAUAGUGUCCGAGAGGUGGACCAAGGCGGACGACGGGUUCGAUAAGCGCAACACGGGCGACAAGAUCGAACGGCAAGGAGCUGCCUCGUACUGUGACGCACCGUCGCUCGGCGUGAGCUUCUUGUUUGAGGGUUACGUCCAGCAGAGGUCCGACAAGGAAUACGCCAACUAUGCCCCGUCCUCGGACGUCAAGUGUUGGUGCCCCUACAUCAGCGGCAUGCUGGCGCUAGACACCAGCGAGGGCCUUUCGAAACCGCGGCUCACAAACAUCUCAACGCCGAGGUCCCUCGAUGGUGACAAGACGCACUUUGGCCCGCGGAUGAACGGCGGCAUGGUGCAUAUACCGGUGGGAGAAAAGGGCAUCCUGGUGCAGCUGGGCGGACACACCACCGAGGACUACCCGCACUAUGGAAACAAGGUGUCGGGAGGAACCACCAGGACCAAAAAUAUCGAUCUUUCAUUUGUCGACAUCUACGACAUCGGCAGCGGCUUCUGGUUCCACCAGCAGACGUUUGGCAUCCCCAACAUCCCGGCCGGCCGGUCCGACUUUUGCCUGGUCGCCGUGUCGGCCCCGGACGGGUCCUCGCACAACAUCUACAUGGUGUCCGGGAUGGACAACGCCGAGGAGCGGUCGACCAGGUCGGAAAUCUGGGUCCUCACGCUCCCGAGCUUCAACUGGGUGCUGAUCGACGACAAGGCCCAGUCCAUCUACGGCCACACCUGCCACGUCGUGGGGGACAACCUCGUCGUCAUCGGCGGCAUGGACGCGACGCGCGGCGGCGGCGGCAGGGGCGGCGAGCUGCAGCAGUGCGACGGCAGCAUGAUGGCCAGCGUCUUCUCGCUGCGGACGGGCCAGUACGUGUCCGAGUACGACGUCGCCGGCGCCACCAGGACGCCCCAGGUGCCCGUCAAGGUGGUCGAGGCCGUCGGCGGCAGCGCGAGCGGCGGCGCGCACGUCCGGAGCCCCAGGAUCUGGAGCGACACGUACCUGCAGUACGUCUUCAACCCGCAGCUCAGCCGGCCCGAGUACAAGCCGGGCUACAAGAACGCCGACGGGAGCGACCCGCCGGGCGAGACGGUGGGCGGGGCCGGGCCGAUGGAGGAGCAGGGCAAGAAGCGGGCCAUCGUCGGCGUGGUGGUCGGGGCCGUGUUUGGCGGCAUCUUGCUGAUCGCGCUGGCCGCCGGCGCCUUGGUCUUCAUCCGGCGCAGGAGGCGCAGGGAGCAGGAGAAGAAGGACGAAGUCGACAGCGAGGGCCAGAAGCUGGACGACCUGCACCACCACCACCACCAGCACCACCUCCAGCAGCACCCCGAGGCCGAGCUGCCCGCCUACAGCAGCGACAAGAACAGGCUCGUGGAGCUGGCGGCGCCGCCACCCCCGAGCGAGGUCGAGGGCUCUCCGGGCCACAUGCUGGCGGGGGAUGUUUCGCGGCCGGCCACGGCACGCACGGGCUACGCCAGUGUGGACUCGGCCUUCCUCAGCCCGCAGAGCGUCGCGGUGCCGCAUGACGGCCUGUCCGGGACCGGAGGCGGCGACAUGGUCGUGAGCGCCAUGACGUCCGAUAAUGGCAGUUGGCGGCCGAUCGGUGGCGAGAGCCCUCCGCCCCUACCAGAAAAGAGUCUGGUACUGCAGAGGGAAAUAUCCAAGCCACAAUCGAUUGCGUCGUCGCUGAGGAGCAAGAAGAAUGCAAUGCAGAACCAUGGGUUUUUGUGA